UGAACACUACCGCAGUGACGAGCAAAAUUCAUAUGUAGUCUAGAGUGCACAACCGCACUAAUUGUUGCAACCUAAAUAUGCCUUCGUUUCCUCUUACCGGUUCCGUCACCAUCUGUGAAAUCAAUCGAGACCUCAUUGUCGCCGAGAAUCUGUCGGACGAUCGAAGCCAGGACACUUAUGGCAAACUUCUUGGAAUGGUAUUCAGCCCGAUUCCAUUUCACUCUGAUCAAACGGUGUCGCCGAGUCCCGAGCAGGACACAGAACAAGAACAUGGAAGUAUGCCCGCUGAUAAUGCUGAGAGAAAGGGUUUAGUGGCAGCAUUGCAGGGAAUUCUCGGUCACCCCCUGAAACGUUUCUUUCAUCCUAGUGACGUAAACAUGUUACUGGAGGUUGAUCUUCAUGGAGUAAGCUGGCACCAUCAUAAGCAUAUUAUUGCAUUCAUAUCUGGGUCGAAUCAAGUUAUGGUCCGUGACUAUGAGGAUUCAGAAGGGAAGGAUCCCUGCAUUUUAACAAAUGAGUUGCAAAGAGAUGUUAAAGUACUUGAGUGGAGGCCAAAUGCUGGGAGGAUGCUCUCUGUAGCAUGCAAGGGUGGAUUAUGCAUUUGGGCUGCUUCUUUCCCAGGCAAUGCAGCAUCUGUGAGAUCUGGUGCUGCUUCAUUCUUGGGAACUGUCUCUAGGGGCUCUGGUGUGCAAUAUAUCCUGGUGGAUUUCCUUCGAAGUCCAAAUAAUGAACAAAUUAGUGCACUCUCGUGGAGUCCAGAUGGAAGAUAUUUGGCUUCUGCUUCUUAUGAGAGCUCGUCGUUCACCAUAUGGGAUGUUGCUCAAGGUGUGGGCACACCCAUUCGACGAGGAUUAGGGGGUAUCUCAAUGAUGAAGUGGUCGCCUACUGGAGAUUACUUUUUUGCUGCAAAAUUUGAUGGAACAUUUUAUCUUUGGGAGACAAACACAUGGACAUCUGAACCUUGGUCUUCAACUAGUGGAUUUGUCAAGGGAGCGACAUGGGACCCUGAUGGACGUAUGAUACUAAUUGCUUUCUCAGAAUCAUUGACAUUGGGAUCUAUACAUUUUGCAUCAAAGCCUCCAUCAUUAGGUACGCAAGCAUUAUGGUCUAUAAUUCUUAUGUAGAGCCAUUCACUAUGU